CUUUCCAGCAAAUAGAAAACAGUUGAGAACAUGAAUUCACUGUCAGCUUUGAACACCGGGGAGGAUUGUAUCUGUUUCUGGCAAACAUGAAGUUAGACCUCUGCUAUUUCCUUCUCUUCUGCUUUCAAGUUGAAGUCCUAACAGGAGAAAUCAAUGAUUCUGCCAAGUCCGAGAUGUUUACCUUUCACGAUGGAGGCAUACAAAUUUCAUGCAAAUUCAGUGAGAUUGCCUUGCAAUUUAAAAUGAAGUUGCUAAAAGGGACGGAAGUACUCUGUGAUCUCACUAAGACAAAAGAGAGUGGUAACACGGUGUCCAUUAAGAAUCUGAAAUUCUGUCAAACUCAGUUAUUCAAUGACAGUGUCUCCUUUUUCCUGUAUAAUUUGGACAAUUCUUAUGCCAGCUAUUACACCUGCGAACUGUCAAUUUUUGAUCCUCCUCCUUUUCAGAAGAAGAAUAUUAGCAAAGAAUAUUUGAAUAUUUAUGAAUCACAGAUUUGCUGCCAACUGAAGUUCUGGUUACCCAUAGGGUGUUCAGCUUUUGUUGUAGUCUACAUUUUUGGAUGCGUAUUUCUUUGUUGGCUUACGAAAAAGAAGUAUCGAUCCAGUGGGCAUGACCCUAACAGUGAAUACAUGUUUAUGGCAGCAGUGAACACAGCCAAGAAACCUGGACUCACAGGUGUGACUCAUAACUUGGAACUUUGUGGCACCCAGGCAUGAACCACGUGGGCCAGGUCCCCUCUGACUUGAAGCGCAAGAUUCCCACGUCCCCUGGACCACAGAGAGUCAGACUUGAUUUGAGUACAUGCAUCUUCUGCUGGUGUUCUGUUCAAUCUGGACUAGUGACUAUCGGUCAACAGGGGUUUUAAAAGGCUGCUUCGGUACUGUUGGGUUAUCAAAAACACCCUCUUGCAACUAGUUUUACAGAAAGCCCAGCUCGUGUGUGCUCAACAAAUAGACCUCACUGGGAUGGAAUUCCUAUCUUCAUAUCUGCUUCUAGCAAUGCACCAGCCAGGAGAACAAACACAUCUCCAGAUAUUUUUAACAGAUGCCAUGGGUACCGAAUCUGCAAAGCAAAUGGGCCGCCAACGGCCAGUAUCUCUCUGCACUUCACCUAUAGACUACCUCUUCUUCCUCUAGGGCUGAGCAUUCCUUUUUAGCCACACAGUAGGGGAAGGUGCUUCAAAAUUAUAGCUAUUUUAUUUCUGAGGUAUCAACAUGUAAUUGUACUAUUAUAAUAGGUUAGUACACAGUACUCUUUUCCAACAUCGGAACCCCAGUCCUCUAUUCCCAAGAGUUUAGAUGCCUUCUUCUGCCUUCAGUUUGCCUUUUGAAAAUACUCUACAUGACUACUUGACAGGCAUUCUGUUAAAAAACAAUUUUUUUUAAUGUUUAUUCACUCUUGACAGA